AUGUCUGCCGAGUCCAAGCCUACUAUCCGCAAGGCCGCCGAGUCGCGCUCGAGCAGGGCUGGCCUUCAGUUCCCGGUCGGCAGGACCGAGCGUAUCUUCCGCAAGGGCAACUACUCGAAGCGUUUGGGGGCUGGAGCUCCCGUCUUCCUUGCCGCCGUCCUCGAGUACCUCACCGCCGAGAUCCUCGAGCUCGCUGGCAACGCCGCCAAGGACAACAAGAAGAAGAGGAUCAUCCCGAGGCACCUCGUCCUCGCCAUCCGCAACGACGAGGAGCUCGACAAGCUUCUCGGCAACGUCCUCGUCGCUGAGGGCGGCGUCCUCCCGAACCUGCAGCCCGCCCUCCUUCCCGGCCAGCACCCUCGCCAGUCGGCCACGCCGAGGACGCCCAAGAGCAGCAGCAAGGCGUCGAAGUCGUCGGCCGGCAGCGGCGCGAAGAAGGCGCCUCACAAGGUCGACGUCCAGGCCGAGUCGCAGUGGCAGGAGUCGACGGAGCUCUGA